UGUUGCCAGGAGUGCAACCCCUGCCGGAAAGAGUGACCUUAAGGCCAGCAAGAUGGCGGGAGCAUCUGUGAAGGUGGCGGUGCGAGUGCGUCCGUUCAACUCCCGUGAGAUGGGCCGGGAUUCCAAAUGCAUCAUCCAGAUGACAGGAAACACCACCACCAUCGUUAACCCAAAGCAGCCCAAAGAGACGCCCAAAAGCUUCAGCUUUGACUAUUCCUAUUGGUCUCACACCACGCCCGAAGACAUCAAUUAUGCAUCUCAGAAGCAGGUGUACCAGGACAUCGGGGAGGAAAUGUUGCAGCAUGCCUUCGAGGGCUAUAACGUCUGUAUCUUUGCCUAUGGGCAGACAGGCGCUGGCAAAUCCUACACCAUGAUGGGGAGGCAGGAGAAGGAUCAGCAAGGCAUCAUCCCACAGCUGUGCGAGGACCUCUUCUCCCGAAUCAACGACACCACGAAUGACAACAUGUCCUAUUCUGUGGAGGUGAGCUACAUGGAGAUAUAUUGUGAGCGUGUGCGGGACCUGCUGAAUCCCAAGAAUAAGGGGAACCUGAGGGUAAGGGAGCACCCCCUCCUGGGUCCCUAUGUAGAGGACCUCUCCAAGCUGGCUGUCACUUCCUACAAUGACAUCCAGGACCUGAUGGACUCUGGGAAUAAAGCCAGGACGGUCGCUGCCACAAACAUGAACGAAACCAGCAGCCGAUCGCACGCUGUCUUCAACAUCAUCUUCACCCAGAAACGGCACGAUGCAGAAACUGACGUCACCACUGAGAAGGUCAGCAAAAUCAGCCUGGUCGAUCUGGCUGGGAGUGAACGGGCCGACUCUACAGGGGCCAAGGGCACAAGGCUAAAGGAGGGAGCGAACAUCAACAAGUCUCUGACCACACUGGGGAAGGUCAUCUCUGCGCUGGCUGAAAUGGAUUCGGGGCCCAAUAAGAACAAGAAGAAGAAAAAGACAGACUUCAUCCCGUACCGAGACUCCGUGCUGACUUGGCUCCUCCGGGAAAACCUGGGUGGUAACUCCAGGACUGCUAUGGUUGCUGCUCUCAGCCCUGCUGAUAUCAACUACGAUGAGACCCUCAGUACUUUAAGGUAUGCUGACCGUGCCAAACAGAUCAGAUGCAACGCUGUCAUUAAUGAGGAUCCUAACAAUAAGCUGAUCAGGGAGCUGAAGGAUGAGGUGGCUCGUCUGAGAGAUCUGCUCUACGCCCAGGGUCUUGGAGACAUCAUUGACAUGACCAAUGCCUUAGUGGGGAUGAGCCCGUCCUCCUCGCUGUCAGCCUUGUCCAGCCGAGCUGCCUCUGUCUCCAGCCUCCAUGAACGGAUCAUGUUUGCUCCAGGCAGUGAAGAGGCCAUUGAGAGGCUGAAGGAAACAGAGAAGAUCAUUGCUGAGCUGAACGAGACCUGGGAAGAAAAGUUGCGGAGGACAGAAGCAAUCCGCAUGGAGAGGGAAGCUUUGCUGGCAGAAAUGGGCGUGGCCAUGAGAGAAGAUGGAGGCACCCUGGGUGUGUUCUCUCCUAAAAAGACACCUCACCUGGUCAAUCUCAAUGAGGACCCGCUGAUGUCUGAAUGCCUUCUGUACUACAUUAAGGAUGGGAUAACCAGGGUUGGCCGAGAGGACGCAGAGAGGAGGCAGGACAUCGUGCUGAGCGGACACUUCAUUAAGGAAGAGCACUGCAUUUUCCGCAGCAACACCAAGGCCGGUGGCGAAGUAGUGGUGACACUAGAACCUUGCGAAGGGGCCGACACCUACGUCAAUGGCAAAAAAGUGAUGGAACCCAGUGUCCUGCGAUCCGGAAACCGAAUCAUCAUGGGGAAGAGCCACGUGUUCCGAUUCAACCACCCUGAACAGGCUCGCCAGGAACGGGAGCGGACCCCAUGUGCAGAGACCCCCGCGGAGCCAGUGGACUGGGCCUUCGCGCAGCGAGAGCUGCUGGAGAAACAAGGCAUUGACAUGAAGCAGGAGAUGGAGCAGAGGCUUCAGGAACUGGAGGACCAAUACCGCAAAGAGAGAGAAGAGGCCAACUAUCUUCUUGAGCAGCAGAGGCUGGACUAUGAGAGUAAACUGGAGGCUUUACAGAAGCAGAUGGACUCCAGGUAUUAUCCUGAGGCCAAUGAGGAAGAGGAAGAGCCCGAAGAUGAAGUACAGUGGACUGAGCGGGAGUUUGAGCUGGCCCUCUGGGCCUUCAGGAAGUGGAAGUGGUACCAAUUCACGUCUCUCCGGGACCUUCUGUGGGGCAAUGCAAUUUUCUUAAAGGAGGCCAAUGCCAUUAGCGUGGAGCUGAAGAAGAAAGUCCAGUUCCAGUUCGUCCUCCUCACAGACACUCUUUACUCCCCUCUGCCUCCCGACCUGCUGCCCCCCAAUGCUGCCAAAGACCGAGAGAAACGGCCCUUCCCACGAACCAUUGUGGCUGUGGAGGUGCAGGACCAGAAGAAUGGAGCAACACAUUACUGGACUCUGGAGAAACUCAGACAGCGGCUGGACCUGAUGCGUGAAAUGUACGACAGGGCAGCAGAAGUGCCUUCUAGCAUCCUUGAGGACUGUGACAACGUCGUGACCGGUGGAGAUCCCUUCUACGACCGCUUCCCCUGGUUCAGACUGGUUGGCAGUUCAGAUAUCUCUGGCUGCAACAGCUCUCCUCUUUUCAACACAUGCAUGAGCGAGCGCAUGGCUGAUCUCACCCCCUCCCCCACCUUCUCGAACCCCGACUCCGACAUCACCGAGCCUGCUGACGAGCAGCACGUGGGGAAGGAGGAGGAGGAGGAGGAGGAGGACCUGGAGGAAGACAUCUUUCCGGAGUACCCGCUGUAUGAUGGCCGGGAUCCAUUUUACGACCGCUCCCCCCUGUUCAGUUUAGUAGGAAGGGCAUUCGUGUAUCUCAGCAACCUGCUGUACCCAGUGCCACUAGUGCACCGUGUUGCCAUCGUCAGCGAGAAGGGUGAGGUGAAAGGCUUCCUGCGCGUGGCAGUCCAGGCUAUCUCAGCGGAUGAAGAAGCCCCGGAUUAUGGUUCAGGAGUACGGCAGUCAGGGACAGCCAAAAUAUCCUUUGAUGAUCAGCACUUUGAGAAGUUCCAGUCUGAGGCCUGUCCCAUGGCGGGGAUGUCUCGUUCAGGGACCUCGCAGGAGGAACUGCGGAUUGUUGAAGGCCAGGGGCAGAUAACUGACAUCGGACCUUCUGCAGAUGAAGUCAACAACAACACCUGUGCAGUGACUCCAGAUGAUCUCCUCCUCGACAGUCCAGAGAAAGUUGCUCUAGAUGACCCAUUGGAAGCAGUUCUGGACCAUCUGACACUGGGCAGCAUCUUCACCUUCCGAGUGACAGUUCUGCAAGCCUCCAGCAUCUCUGCAGAAUAUGCAGAUAUCUUCUGCCAGUUUAACUUUAUCCAUCGUCAUGAUGAGGCCUUUUCAACGGAGCCCUUGAAGAACACAGGACGAGGACCACCUCUAGGGUUCUAUCAUGUCCAGAACAUUGCGGUGGAGGUGACCAAGUCAUUCAUUGAGUACAUCAAGAGCCAACCGAUUGUGUUUGAGGUGUUUGGGCAUUAUCAGCAACAUCCCUUCCCUCCUCUCUGCAAGGACGUGCUCAGCCCACUGAGACCAUCCCGACGCCACUUCCCCCGGGUCAUGCCAUUGUCCAAGCCAGUGCCAGCGACGAAGCUGAGCACCCUGGCGCGCCCCAGCGCCGGGCCCUGCCAGUGCAAAUACGAUCUGAUGGUCUUCUUUGAGAUCUGCGAGCUGGAGGCCAAUGGCGAUUACAUUCCUGCCGUCGUUGAUCACCGUGGAGGGAUGCCGUGCCUCGGAACCUUCCUGCUCCACCAGGGAAUCCAGAGGAGGAUCACCGUGACGUUAGUGCAUGAAAACAGCAGCCUCGUCCGCUGGAAAGAAGUGCGAGAGCUGGUUGUAGGUCGGAUCCGAAACACCCCAGAAGGGGACGAGUCUCUGAUUGACCCCAACAUCUUGUCUCUGAACAUCCUGUCGUCUGGAUAUGUCAACCCCUCCCAGGAUGAUCGAACGUUUUACCAGUUUGAAGCAGCGUGGGACAGCUCCAUGCAUAACUCCCUGCUGUUGAACCGAGUCACCCCUUACAGAGAGAAAAUCUUCAUUACCCUGUCUGCUUACAUUGAGAUGGAGAACUGCACCCAGCCAGCUGUGAUCACCAAAGAUUUCUGCAUGGUCUUCUACUCCAGAGAUGCCAAACUUCCAGCAUCUCGCUCCAUCCGCAAUCUCUUUGGCAGUGGGAGCCUGCGAGCCUCGGAGAGUAACCGUGUGACUGGGGUGUAUGAGCUCAGCCUUUGCCGUGUGGCUGAUGCCGGCAGUCCAGGUAUGCAGAGACGACGCAGGCGUGUGCUGGACACCUCUGUUGCAUAUGUGCGGGGUGAGGAGAACCUGGCUGGGUGGAGACCUCGAAGUGACAGCCUCAUCCUGGAUCAUCAGUGGGAACUGGAGAAACUCAGCCUCCUACAAGAGGUUGAGAAGACGAGGCAUUACCUGCUCCUACGCGAGAAACUGGAGACGACCCAAAGAUCAGGCCUGGAGUCCCUGUCCCCAUGUUCCAGUGAGGAUUCCGACUCCCAUAGCACUUCCUGUGUCUCCACUCCACUCUCGGCAGAUGGUGCCUCAGAGGGCAGGAGCUCGCCCUUGGAGACCCCCAGCGAGAGGCAGAAAGAGCUUGCCGUCAAGUGCUUGCGUCUCCUCACACAUACAUUUAACAGAGAGUACAGUCACAGCCAUGUCUGUAUCAGCGCCAGCGAGAGCAAGCUGUCAGAAAUGUCUGUGACCCUGCUGAGAGACCCCUCCAUGCCAGCUCUUGGUGUCACCACCCUGACUCCCUCUUCCACCUGUCCAUCACUGCUAGAAGGACGGUAUAAUGCCACUGAGGUCAGAACCUCCCAUCUCUCUUCCAGGGCAGAAAGCCCUGAGCCAGAACCUGUAGUGGAGGGAGAACAGAAGAAAUCUCCUACACAUGGGCCUGAAGAUGGGAAAGAGACCCAGCGCUUACUCGUCCCCGAUAUUCAGGAGAUCCGGGUGAGUCCCAUUGUCUCAAAGAAAGGCUACCUUCACUUCCUCGAGCCUCACACCAAUGGCUGGGUGAAGCGCUAUGUGGUGGUGAGGCGCCCCUAUGUCUACAUCUACAACACGGACAAGGAUUCUGUGGAGAGAGCCAUCCUCAACCUCUCCUCCGCUCAGGUGGAGUACAGUGAGGACCAGCAGGCCAUGCUCAAGACCCCCAACACGUUUGCAGUAUGCACGGAGCAUCGUGGAAUCCUGCUGCAGGCAAGCAGCGACAAGGAUAUGCACGACUGGCUGUAUGCAUUUAACCCUCUGCUAGCUGGAUCCAUAAGAUCCAAGCUGUCCAGAAGGAGAACAGCCCAGAUGAGAAUCUAACCUAAAACCAUUCUCCACCUCAUCUGUCUGCUAGCAGGAUCAAGAUUGCUGGUUCUAUACAAGAGUCCCUAUCUUAACGUCAAAUCUUUCAUGCCAUCCACCACCCCAGCUGCCUGCUCCACAAAUGGAUCCAUCUCGAUUUACACCUUCACUGGGAAAAUGCAUUUCUGUUGUAUCUGCAAAAGCCUGGUACAGCCUGGUCAUGAUUUCUUGUGCGCAUGUGAUCUUCUGCCCAUCGAGUGACCUUGGUGUCACAUGACCUGUAACUCUCAAAAGCAGGAGUUGUGUUUCUUAUUUUAAAGCAAGGCUUCAAUUUAAGGAGGCAGGAGCGUUUGAAAGGUCAGAGAUUACAAGUCAUGAGGAAUUGCUUCCAUGUGAAGAGAAAGUGAUAGGUUUAAGUACUGAUACUUCUUAACUUAUUGACGUUUUAAAAAAAGAUAGAUUAAGUUAUGGUAGUUUGAGAUUAUAUUUAUAAAGUAUUUAUUUCUAUUUACUUCACUGCAAUUUGUACAUUGAGUUUAUCCCGUUUUACUGCUCAUGUCUGCAUACAUAAAGCCUCCCAAAGGGAAGGCAGGGCCUUGGACGGUGGGCCAGUGGGGAAGGGGUUGUCAGGCCAUUUUGUGAUGCCAUUUUUGUCUUCUUUCUCUAUCCCAGCACUGGGAGGUCUGGAUGGAUCCAGGAGGUCAUGCUCCCACCUCUGUGCAAACACAUACACACUGACUUCAGAACUCUCACCCUCCUACCCUACCCCAUCUCCUUAGCCUUGACUCCAGAGCUCAAACCACUUUUCCUCCACGUGGUGACUGGAUAGUGCACUGUGCCCUCCCAAACGAGGCAAUCCACACAUAGCACAGCAAAGACAUGCACACGGACAAGUCACUGCACUUAUCAAAGCACUUUGUGUGUGUGUGUGUGUGCAUGUGUGUAUAUCCCAUCCCCUCCAUUUCCCCAAGUGCUUGAAACCCAGCAAUGUAGGGUUCAGUGACUAGACAGGUAGAAUGCAAUGAUGACAGGUUCUGGUUGGUUCUACCCUCUAUUCUGUCUGUUUUCAGGGCCCAACUUCAAAUGGGGUGAAAGGGAUGGAAAGGGGAUCUGAAGUUCUGGAAGGGCAGAUGGUUCUGCCAGUUCACUUUUGGGGUGGGGUGCUGUUUGAAUGCUCCAAAUGAGUACAAUGCAGCCUGCCUCUCAAUAUCCUCAGUCACCUUCUAAUACAGGGGUCGGCAACCUUUCAGAAGUGGUGUGCCGAGUCUUCAUUUAUUCACUCUGAUUUAAGGU